UUCAAGAGGCAUUAGACUUCCGUGCAAUGUUUGGUGGAUUAAUUAAUCAUAUUGUAACUGGUUCAGAACAAUUUCCUGGUUAUUUUAUUGGGCCUUUUCAUAAGAUUACCUUAUCAAUCAAGAUGACUAAAUUUCUUGUUCAAUAUUAUUCAAAUAUUUAUCUGAAUUAUAGCUUUCACAGUGAAAAUCAAAAACCAAAUUCAAAACAAUCAAUUCUAGUUUCUUUAACAGCCUGUCAAGCAAAAGCUCUUAAACUUGGAGAUGAAAUAUAUCAGUCAUUCAUUUUAUGA